AUGGCCUCAGGUGGAGGUUACAGAAAUGGCAUUCAGAGGGGAUCGAACCUGCGAACGUCAUCUUCUUUCAAAUCGAAGCUUCCUCCGGCAGCAACUUCGAAUGUCCGCCGGAGCAGCCCGGCCUCUGUCGGAGGAGACUCUGUUUCUGGAAGAGUUCGAGUUGCUGUAAGAUUGCGUCCUCGAAAUGCUGAGGAGUUGGUGGCAGAUGCAGAUUUUGCUGAUUGUGUGGAAUUGCAGCCAGAGCUUAAAAGGUUGAAAAUUCGAAAGAAUAAUUGGGAUUCAGACACCUAUGAAUUUGAUGAGCUGCUCACUGAAUUUGCUUCACAGAAGCGUGUCUAUGAAGUUGUUGCAAAGCCUGUGGUGGAGAGUGUCCUGGAUGGUUACAAUGGGACAGUGAUGGCUUAUGGUCAGACCGGUACUGGGAAGACUUUUACUCUUGGUCGCCUUGGUGAUGAAGACACCUCUGCUCGUGGUAUCAUGGUUCGUUCAAUGGAGGAUAUACUUGCAAAUCUCUCUCUAGAGACUGAUUCUGUCUUGGUUUCAUACUUGCAGCUUUAUAUGGAAACUAUUCAAGAUCUCCUAAAUCCAUCAAAUGAUAAUAUCCCUAUAGUCGAAGAUCCAAAAACUGGUGAUGUUUCUUUACCAGGGGCAACCAUUGUGGAAAUCCGGGAUCAACAGAGUUUCAUAGAGCUACUACGUUUAGGGGAAGCUCAUCGAAUUGCUGCUAACACAAAGUUGAAUACUGAAUCUUCUCGUAGUCAUGCUAUUCUCAUGGUACAUGUUAAGAGGUCCAUCUUGGAAAGAGAAGAUGACGUUUCAAUUGACAACGGCAAAGCCUCCCCCUUGGUCAAUACUUUGAAGCCGCCUAUGCUUCGGAAAGGCAAACUAAUUGUUGUAGAUCUUGCUGGUUCCGAGCGUAUUCACAAGUCAGGAAGUGAGGGACACAUGUUAGAAGAAGCAAAGUCUAUCAAUCUCUCACUAAGCGCAUUAGGGAAGUGCAUAAAUGCUCUGGCAGAAAAUAGUGCUCAUGUACCAGUUCGAGAUUCCAAACUUACAAGGUUGCUUAGAGAUUCAUUUGGAGGCACAGCGAGGACCUCCUUAAUUGUGACUAUUGGCCCAUCUCCACGCCAUCGAGCAGAGACUGCAAGUACCAUAUUGUUUGGACAAAGGGCUAUGAAGGUGGAGAAUAUGUUGAAAAUAAAAGAGGAAUUUGAUUACAGAAGUCUUUGUAAAAGGCUUGAGAUUCAGGUUGACAAACUCAUUGCGGAAAAUGAAAGACAGCAGAAAUCUUUUGAGGAUGAAGUUGAAAGAAUAACCCUGGAAGCAAAGAGGCGUAUUUCUGAGGCUGAAAGGAACUAUGCGGAGGCUUUGGAUAGGGAGAGAAUUAAAUGCCAGAUGGAUUAUAUGGACUCAAUUAAGAAGCUUGAGGAGAAGUGGACUAGCAAUCAACAAAAGCAUGGCAACAACGGUUCCAUUGGUGGCACAUAUGGGGGAGAGCAAUGCCACAAUUGUUCUUCCUUUUUUGCAGGAAGUGAGGGACACAUGUUAGAAGAAGCAAAGUCUAUCAAUCUCUCACUAAGCGCAUUAGGGAAGUGCAUAAAUGCUCUGGCAGAAAAUAGUGCUCAUGUACCAGUUCGAGAUUCCAAACUUACAAGGUUGCUUAGAGAUUCAUUUGGAGGCACAGCGAGGACCUCCUUAAUUGUGACUAUUGGCCCAUCUCCACGCCAUCGAGCAGAGACUGCAAGUACCAUAUUGUUUGGACAAAGGGCUAUGAAGGUGGAGAAUAUGUUGAAAAUAAAAGAGGAAUUUGAUUACAGAAGUCUUUGUAAAAGGCUUGAGAUUCAGGUUGACAAACUCAUUGCGGAAAAUGAAAGACAGCAGAAAUCUUUUGAGGAUGAAGUUGAAAGAAUAACCCUGGAAGCAAAGAGGCGUAUUUCUGAGGCUGAAAGGAACUAUGCGGAGGCUUUGGAUAGGGAGAGAAUUAAAUGCCAGAUGGAUUAUAUGGACUCAAUUAAGAAGCUUGAGGAGAAGUGGACUAGCAAUCAACAAAAGCAUGGCAACAACGGUUCCAUUGGUGGCACAUAUGGGGGAGAGGGGCAUGUGGCCUCUGUUACUGAUGACGUUUCUGAGCUAAAAAAGUUGCUUCAGAAUGAAAUUAAUUCCAAAAAGGCAGCUGAAGAGGAGAUCAAUAUCCUUCAAAGCAAACUACUUCAAUUUACAAAACCAGAGGCAGGUGGAAAUUUAGAUUUAUUGAAUCUUCACAAAAUGCUAGAAGAUGAGACUCAUCAGAAACAGAAACUGGAAGAAGAACUGAUGAUUUUACGAAGUCAGUUGUCGCAACUGACUUUCGAAGCUGGUCAGACUAGAAGCUGUCUUGAUAGAGGCAGGACGGGGAAUGGCCUGACAGGUCUAGAUUCUCCGUCUCAGAUUAGACAUCCACUGAUGAAUGACGGGGUAAAUGGAGAUCGAGCAUCAAUUGCCAACCUCCAUGAACAAGUUGGAUUGCAAAAGAUCUUGUCAUUGCUGGAGUCAGAAGAUGCCAAUGUACGUAUUCAUGCUGUAAAAGUGGUGGCCAACCUAGCAGCUGAAGAAGCAAAUCAAGAGAAGAUAGUUGAAGCCGGUGGUCUGACUUCCUUGCUGAUGCUACUGAGAAGCUUUGAGGAUGAGACCAUUUGCAGAAUAGCAGCGGGCGCACUUGCUAAUCUUGCAAUGAAUGAAGCCAAUCAGGAACUUAUAAUGGCUCAAGGUGGAAUUGGUCUGUUGGCAAUGACAGCUGCUGAUGCUGAGGAUCCUCAGACUCUGCGCAUGGUUGCUGGAGCUAUUGCUAAUCUAUGUGGCAAUGAUAAGCUACAGAUGAGACUGAGGUCUGAAGGUGGUAUUAGGGCUUUGUUAGGAAUGGUGAGGUGUAGACAUCCAGAUGUUCUUGCCCAAGUUGCCCGUGGAAUUGCGAAUUUCGCAAAAUGCGAGUCUCGUGCAUCUACUCAAGGCACGAAAACAGGGCGUUCUCUUUUGCUAGAAGAUGGUGCACUUUCGUGGAUUGUACAGAAUGCAAAUAAUGAAGCAUCACUAAUCAGGCGCCACACGGAGCUUGCACUAUGUCACUUAGCACAACAUGAAGUGAAUGCAAAAGACAUGAUUAGUGGAGGUGCCCUCUGGGAGCUAGUUCGUAUCUCACGUGACUGCUCUCGUGAGGAUAUAAGGGCUCUUGCUCGUAGGACUCUUACUUCAAGUCCAACUUUCCAAACUGAAUUGCGGCGCUUAAGGAUAGAGAUGUAACCACAACUGUGAUGGGUUUCUUUGGGUUGUUUUCGUGGUCAUCUGCAAAGCUUCUUGAAAGCAGUACCUUCAUAUCGCGCUAAAUAAUGGAUCAUCGAGUUGGAGAAUUCUCCAAGAAACUUUUCAAAUUAGGUAAGGGCUUAGCCUUGUAAUCUUUGUUUGUACCUAAAUUGAUUAUUGAUCAACCGCGAUGUUUUUGAUAUAUUAGUUGGGAGAUCCACCCUAAUGCACGCGGUUUCUUUGAGUACUAUAUUGUAUAAAUCGAUUUCUUCAAUCAAUGAAAUGUAUUUUGCUGUUAUGUUAUAAUGUUCAAAGCACAAUUCAAUUCACUGAGCCAUCAUUUUGUACGAUGUAACGAGGACAUUUUGGAC